CGGCCACGUCACCCCGGCCCCGCCCGCUCCGGCCCAAAGCCGGAUCCCGGCCCGGGCUGCCUUCCGCCCGGCCCGCUGGCCCAUGCUGCCCCGCGCCCGGCCCGCUCCUCCGCCGGCUCCGAGCCGCCGCUGCCCGGUUGUAACUUUUGCAAGGCUUGCGACAUGCGGUAGGACAAACAGAGCUCCGUCCUAGAUCUGGCUGGAUCUCUGAAUGCUGGUGGAUUUACUGGAGGCUCUUUCCAAACCUUGCUGGGAUCAGAACCCGUAAACUUUCCAAAAGCUUCAUAAUGGAGUUCUCAGUAUGCAAAGGAGAUUAUAUUAGAUAUUUCAAAAGAUCCUUGUUGCUAGUUUUAGUAUGUGUCCUAGUUCUUGUGUGCGCUGAUCAGGACUACUAUAGCUUACUUGGAGUGUCCAAAGAAGCAAGCAGUAGAGAAAUACGGCAAGCUUUCAAAAAACUGGCAUUGAAGUUGCACCCUGAUAAAAAUCAGAAUGAUCCAAAUGCACAUGAAAAUUUUUUGAAAAUAAAUAGAGCCUACGAAGUACUUAAAGAUGAAGAUCUCCGGAAGAAGUACGAUAAAUACGGAGAGAAAGGGCUUGAAGAUCAGCAGCAAGGAGGGCGUUACGAAAGCUGGAACUAUUAUCGCUAUGAUUUCGGUAUUUAUGAUGAUGAUCCUGAAAUUAUAACAUUGGACAGAGGGGAAUUUGAUGCUGCUGUUAAUUCGGGAGAACUGUGGUUUGUGAAUUUUUAUUCUCCUCGGUGCUCCCACUGCCAUGACUUAGCACCUACGUGGAGAGAGUUUGCUAAGGAGAUGGAUGGAGUAAUACGCAUUGGAGCUGUCAACUGUGGAGAUAAUAGAAUGCUCUGUCGAAUUAAAGGGAUUAACAGUUAUCCCAGUCUGUAUGUUUUCAAAACUGGCAUGCAACCAGUGAAAUAUUACGGAGACAGGUCAAAAGAGAGCUUGAAGAACUUUGCCAUGCAGUAUGUUACCAGCACAGUCACCGAGUUAUGGGCAGGAAACUUCGUUAAUGCCAUUGAAACUUCAUUUGCUUCUGGCGUCGGUUGGCUGAUCACGUUCUGUGCUGAGCGUGGGGAUUGCCUGAGUUACCAAACCCGCCUCAAGCUCGCCGGCAUGUUGGAAGGUCUCGCUAAUGUGGGCUGGAUGGACUGUGGCACCCAGGGUGAGCUCUGUGAUAACUUAGAUAUCUCAUCCAGCACUACAGCGUAUUUCCCACCUGGAGCCACCAUCCAGAACAAAGAGAAAGGAGGCGUUUUGUUUAUUAACUCCUUGGAUGCCAGAGAAAUAUAUCAGGAAGUAAUGCGGCACCUGCCAGACUUUGAAAUGAUCUCUGCAGCAGCAUUAGAGGACCGUCUGGCCCAUCACCGCUGGCUGCUGUUCUUUCAGUUUGGGGAGAGUGAUAAAUCGGGUCUACAGGAAUUUAAGAAACUUAAAUUUUUACUUAAGGAUGAACAUAUUCAGGUUGGCAAGUUUGACUGCCUUUCCUCACCAACCAUCUGCAACAAACUGUACGUCUAUCAGCCUUGUUUAGCUGUCUUCAAAGGAAAAGGAACUGGAGAUUAUGAAAUUCAUCAUGGAAAGAAGAUCUUAUAUGACAUUGUUGCAUUUGCCAAAGAAAGUGUCAACUCUCACGUUAUCACACUGGGACCUCAGAAUUUUCCUGACAAAGAGAAGGAACCGUGGCUUGUGGAUUUCUUUGCACCGUGGUGUCCUCCUUGUCGAGCCUUGUUACCAGAGCUGAGAAAAGCAUCGAAACAUCUCUAUGGGCAGCUGAAAUUUGGAACACUAGACUGUACUGUCCACGAAGGGCUUUGCAACGUGCAUAACAUUCGAGCUUAUCCAACCACAGUUGUGUUCAAUCAGUCUGAUGUUCAUGAAUAUGAAGGACAUCACUCCGCAGAGCAGAUCUUGGAGUUUAUAGAGGAUCUCAGAAAUCCCUCGGUGGUCUCCCUAACACCAGAGACUUUUGUUGAAUUAGUUCAGAGAAGGAAACGAGAGGAAAUCUGGAUGGUUGACUUCUACGCGCCGUGGUGUGGACCUUGUCAGGCGUUAAUGCCAGAAUGGAAAAAAAUGGCCAGGAUGUUGACUGGGUUAAUCAGCGUAGGCAGUGUGGAUUGUCAGAAAUAUUAUUCUUUCUGUCACCAAGAAAGUGUUCGGGGAUAUCCCGAAAUAAGACUCUUUCCUCAAAGAUCAAGCACAGCUCAUCAAUAUUACAGCUACAAUGGAUGGCACAGAGAUUCCUAUUCGCUGAGAGGCUGGGCACUGGGGUAUUUACCCCAAGUGUCUGUAGACCUGACUCCUCAGAGUUUCACAGAAAAGGUUCUGAAUGGCAAAGAUCACUGGGUCAUUGAUUUUUAUGCUCCUUGGUGCGGACCUUGCCAAAAUUUUGCUCCUGAAUUUGAGAUCCUUGCGAGGACGGUUAAAGGCAAAGUAAAAGCUGGAAAAGUCGACUGUCAGAUGUACGCUCAGACCUGUCAGACCGCGGAUAUCAGAGCCUACCCCACUGUCAAGUUUUACCCCUACCAAGGAACAAAGAAAAAUGUUCUUGGUGAAUAUAUAGACAGCAGAGAUGCCAAAGGUAUUGCUGACCUUCUGAAUGAAAAACUAGAAGCAAUCCAAAAUAAAGGAAAAAGAAAAAAAUCUAGAAAUAAGGAUGAGCUCUAAGUGGUACUGGAAGUAAAUACAAUUCAAAAUAUUUUGAAGCUGUGAAUAGAGAAGACACCGUGAGGAACAUGAAAGGCUGAUUACAUUCAUGACAGGACGAGAUGAAAACGAGUUUUUGUUCACGGGCAUACGUGACUGUUCGAAUUCUGUUUAAACUGUGGGGAGAUGAAAGUACUUUGGUUUUGGCAUUCAGUGUUUCUGCAAACGGAUUCUGCACGUCCCUCCUCUGAUACAGCAACUACCUUCUUCUAGUCAAACGGUGGAGCUGACCAGAAAUGAGGUCUGUGUCACUUUUGCCUUCCCAUUUCCUAGUUCUUUCUAUUUUUCUGUCUCUUUUCAAACACAUUUGGAAGGUGGCACUCAGCCCGUGGCUGAAUAUGCACUCAAACCACUCUGCAAUGCAGAAACACCACGAGGGAUUGUCCGGUGGAAAGACAAACUGUUCACCUGGUGAUUAUUCUGCUUUGGGGUUACAUGAUUGCCUAGUCCAUUGCUAGGAAAUACAAUCCAGAACUGGGAGCAGGUAUCUUGAAUCACAGCCCUUCUGCCCUGGAGUGGAUCAUGGCACUGGUGAGAGCCAGAGGAUGGACAGAACUUUGAAGAGCUUCUUUGGUUGGUUUGUGCUUUUUUUCUACUUUAUUUUUUUAAGAAUCAAGGACUUCAAACUCAGCAUUUUGUUGACUUUCAAAAUGUAAGUUAUGCCAUAGAAGCAUCUGCUUAAAAGAGUAGGUCAUAACUUCAUUAUUGUCUAUUAAAUAUGAAUGUAUUCUGUGGACAUAUUUAACCUCUUUUGGUAUUACCACUUUUCCUUUCUCCGCAGACCUGUUUUGGGGGUUUUGUUUUUUAUAUAAUCUUUAAGGCAAACAGGAUAGCAAGUGCCUUUUUUAAUUUAAUAAUGAACACUGUACAUUACAAUGUCUCCUCCUACAUCUUACUAAAUUCCUAUUCUUUAGAGUAAUAUUUUUCAUAGCUUCUCAAUAGCCAAGAAAAAUUACAGGAAACAACAGAACGUGUACUGCGUUUAGAAGUGCAACAUUGACAUGUUUCAUGUUUUCAAUAAAAUGCUGCUGAGAACUUGUCAGAUGGACUUUUCUCCCUGCUCUCCCUGUAUUUAGAUCUGGCAUGACUAGUAGUAUAACUUUGUAAAUAGUUUGUUAUCUACAAGUAAUUUAUUUUCUAAAGAAGGCAGCAAUAAAAGGAAGAGAUUCAAGUAACUUUGAGACAUUCAAAUGCUUCUUCCCCCUAUUGCUUUGCAGUUUUGGAGUGUAUUAAUCUGAGAAAGAAGAAAAUGUAUUGUGUCCUCAUCAAAAUACCUUCUCCACUGACUUAUUUUGUCUGGUUUUGAAAUUCAUUUAGGCUGUGGGGAAAAGGAUUUAGUUUAAGUAUCAAUAAAAUUCAUUUUUAAGAUUUAA